AUGUACUCCAACAACCGCAACACCGCCAAGGACUCUGCCACAGUUGAAAAGCUAGAGCCGCCACCAACGCGACCCACAACCGUGGAAGAGGAGGCGCAAAGCUGGCGAAUGAUGUUCGACGGGCAUCCCGGUCUGGAUUUCUCCUUUCUGCUAGAUGGAGACGACCAUGGCAGCGACGACGAUGACAACGACGACGACGCCGAAGGAACUGGAGUCUUGCAUUCUAACCCUCGUUCGAGUCUGGGCCCCGAGGAGCAAGAAAAGCAAGAUCGUACAACGGAAUAA